AUGGCCGGUUUGCAGGCUUCGGUUUCAAUCAACGGCAACUUAUUGUCGCUGUCUAAACCUUCAUCCGCUGAUGCUCGCUUCACCAAGUACCUCUAUAUUCGUGGUACUGGUCCGCUCUCACCUACUCAGAAGCAACAGCUUGCCGAUAUUGGAGUGACUCUCUUUGAGUACCUGGGAAAGGACACGUACCUAUGCCGCUAUGACCCUGCCGACCUCGCACCGGUCCUCAACCUCGACUUCAUCGCAACCGCAAAUGUAUAUCCUCGGCGGGUCAAAUUGACUCAGUUCCUGAGCGAUGCCAUCCGAGCCGACCAAGCUGACACCUCUACCCCGGCGAAGAAGUUCGACGUUGCUAUUAUCUUGCACAAAGGUGAAGCGCAAGAUGUUGACACAGUCAUUUCGGAGCUGUCUGCGAAGGCUGGCCUCGGCCGGGAUGCCAUCACGGUCGACCAUAACCAUAUCCACGUUUGCGCCGAUGGUGAGACAUUGGCUAAGAUUGCCGACAUGGACGCGGUCCGCUCAGUCCAGGAGAUCGUUCCUCGGACUUUUUUUAACAACGUCGCCCGCCAGGAUAUGUUCGUGCCGGAUUAUUCGGCUGUCUCGUCUGAGGUCGCCGCUGACGGCUUCACUGGUGCUGGACAGGCAGUCACCGUAGCUGACACCGGCUUCGACCUUGGAUCCAUGACCAACGUACACCCUGCAUUUGUUGGACCUAACAAGGAGAGUCGGGUGAUCGACCUAAUCGCAGUCGGGCGUCCGAAAUUGACGAAUGACCCAAGGAGCCAUGGUACGCAUGUAUGCGGCUCUGUUCUCGGAGACGGGUAUUCUGAGAAAUGGGGCAAGAUCCAGGGCACUGCUCCGAAGGCUGAGCUUGUGAUGCAGUCUCUGUUAACCCAGCAGGGUGGUCUCAACACGGGAGCAAAUCUCUGGGAUACUCUCUUUGAUCCGCCUUAUAAGAAGCACACGAAUGCUCGUGUCCACACCAACUCGUGGGGUGCAGACUGGAAGUAUGCGAAGCGGCAGCUUGCUUACAACUCCUCUUCUGAGGACAUUGACCGAUUCGUUUGGCAUCGCCCUGAUCAGAUCAUUUGCUUCGCCGCAGGAAACGAUGGCAAGCAAUAUACUGCCACUGGGGCACACAUUGGCGCCGAGGGAGCCGCCAAAAACUGCAUCACCGUUGGAGCUACGCAGUCUUCGCGAGGCGCGGAAGGCUACAGCUUCAACCCAUCUGCAGCUGCGUCCGGAGACCGCGGUGCCAUCGCCGCCUUCAGUUCCCGGGGACCGAGCUUAGAGGGCCGCAUAAAGCCCGAUGUUGUUGCGCCGGGCUUUCCUGUGUUCAGCGCCGCAACUCGUGACCCAAGCGUCACACCAGCUGAAAAGUCCAAGUUUGGCCCGUACGAUCAAACCGAUCCGUUAUGGAUGUUCAGCUCUGGCACCAGUAUGGCAACACCGCUCGUUGCCGGAACAUGCGCUGUCUUGCGGGGUGCGCUGGCGUCCAAGGCGAAUUUGAACAAGCCAUCAGCUGCGCUCGUCAAAGCUCUCCUAAUCAAUGGCGCGAUAGACCUGGGACGUCCCCAGGCAGAGCAAGGAUUUGGCAGAGUAAACUUGGCCCAGACCCUUCUGCCUAUUACGCAUGAACUCGGCGCCUCAAGAAUGGUGUGCGGGUUUGCGGACGUUGGCAUGGCGACUGGGGAGAAGCUGGAGGAAUGGGGGGAGUGGAAACAGGUCGUAAAUACUUGUUCGCUUCAGCGGGUGUCGAAGGUCAAGGUCACUCUCGCAUACUCGGAUCGCCACGGCAUGGAGAUACAAAACAAGUUGUCGUUGAAGGUCAAGAUAGGGAACGAGGAGAGGCGAUUCGUGAGCGCCGUGGAGAACAACGUGGAACAAAUCGAGUGGGACCUGGACAACAAAGUUUUCGAUACGGUGACCAUCAUUGUACGCGCCGACAGAAUCGCGCGACUUGGUGACUCGCAGGCCUUUGCCGUUGUCUGGAGGGUCGUCUAUUAA